UAUCGAAUAAUCCUUCGAGAAAGGGUUCGAAGAUCAAUUUUACGAUGGGAAAACCUCCUUCUCAGACUAAGAUCAAGAGGGGCAUGGGAUCAAAAGCUUCUUCUUUGAGUUCAAAGAAGUUUAUAAUCAAACAGCCAGUCAGUUCAACUGAUCCAACCUCUUCUAGCACUAUAACUGCACGUCCAAACCUUUCUAAAAAGCAAGGAAGAAAAAUGAAGGAGAUGAAUAGAGCUGGGAGUGCUAAUCUUGAAAUCCAAAAUGUUACUAGCACAAGGAACGCAGAGCCUUCAAUCGGCUCGCAUUUUAUUGCUUCCAACUCAACUCUGGGACUACUCAGCAAGAAUAAAGAAUCUAGCAUUUUGCCUGAUAUUUCAACUAAAAAUACAGAAAGGAAUUUGAAAUCAUUUGGAAAGAAACCUGUCAAAGGAAAAUUUGUUCCUGGUGCAAAGAUAACAGUGAAGAACAGCCACCAGUCUGGAAUUGACAACCUCUUAACAAAGAUUGACAAUAAUUUUGUGGAUGAAUACAUUCAAAAUGCCUUCGAGCCUGAGAAAAAGGCUCAAAAACUAACCAAGGCUCAGAAAGAAAAGAAGCGUAAAUAAGCUGAGACUGAGAUUUAUUACUGAUAAAAUAGCUCAACAGAAAAAGAAAAGAACGUUCUUGACGUCUUGUGAUGUAAUAGCAGAGCCAGAGCCUGAAUCUCCUCCUCCUUUAGAUGAGUCAUCUGAUAAUUCUGAAAAGGAGAGGAAUAACAUGCUCCAGGAGCUUCUUGACACACAAAAGGUUGUCAGGAAUGGAUACGACCACCUUGAUAAUAUACGCCGGAUGAUCAAGAGAACAGGUGAUAAUGUCAACCAUCAUAUGGACACAGUUGAGGAUCUGAAAGGAGACCUUGAGUUUAUGGACUUCAAGGGCCAAAAUUUUGAUCGCUGACUUGAGAAAGGUAAUUUUCAAGACAUGAAGUUUCUAAAAUAACAACCUUAAGCCUUCAAAGAAGAACUCUCACUCUAUGAGAAGUUUGCAUAACACCAAGAGCCAAAACCCUGGAAUACAUAUUGGUGAAAACGGGGAACUUGGACAAUUAAUGAAAAAUAUAAGGCAAAAAUCUCAUGCUAAACUUGGUGAAGAUGAUAAAGUUCAGAUUGUCAAUACCUUGCUUAAUAUAAAUGGCUCAAUGAAAGAAUUCUCACAAGAUCUUGAGUUUAGACUCAAUAAAGCAUAUAAUAAUAAGGCUGGCAAACAAUUCGGCCUCAGUAAGGCCCAAAGGAUGAAUUAUGCUAAGAACAAAGCAUUUGCAAAAGGAGACUAUGAUGAUGUUGCUGCCAAUGCACAGAGCUUUUUGAAUAAGUUCAAAAAAUCCUAGCCACUAACAGCUUAAUUUCAAUGACUCGAAC